ACGACACGGCGGCUGCCGCCAUCAGCCAGCUCCGCGCGGGUUGGUGAUGGCCUCACUCCCAGAGUAGUCGUCCAGCUAUGCGGCGCAUGCACUUGCGCUGCUACGCGCUUUAAGUACGCUAUGUAGGGCCAGCAGCACUCGCUACAUACUAAGUACCCGGUGCCCAUGCUGUGCCGCGUCGUGCCAAGUCCAGGUUUGCUGCCUGCACAAUCCUGCAAUCUCUGGUCCAUACGAGGCCCGCCCCGUCAUACUUAACCAGUCGUCCCAGCCCUAUUGACUCCCAGCGUUCUGCUUGCAGCGAUCCUUCAGAAAAGAAGAACUUGUUUCUGGACACAGCCCGGCCAGCACUGCGAACCCACUGCACACCAUCACAACCACUUUCGCAACAAUGAAGACCACCUUCUCCACCACCGUGGCAUCUUUCACCACCCUGCUCGCCGCGUCCCAGGCCGCUGCCUCGGGUAUGGGCGGCAUUACCGCCCUCGUGGCCCGCCAGACGGUGGAACCCACGGGGCCCUGUGCGACCAGCGCGGCCUCAAUCAUCGUCCACGCACUACCUGCUAUGGAUCCCGUUCUCUUCGAGUACUUGAGCGAAUACUUCGCCACGGCGGCCACCACCGGCCCGCCCAACUGCGCAAUCACCGAUACACCAUCGUCCGUGUCGAGUGCCUACGCCUCCUUCACAAACCAAAUGAGCAGCUGGUCGUCUGCCGAGUACGACGCUGCGCUGAGCUUCGUCGAGGGUCCUUGCUUCGUUUCUGACAACGACGCGGCGGGAGAGGUUGCCCAGCUGCUCACGGCGGUCGACGCUUACCUGGGCAAGGGGUGCAGUAGCAGUGGCGGCGCGGUGCCAACACCGACUCCAGCAUCGUCAACCACGGGCGGCAGCAGCAGCAGUGGCGGUGCCGCGGGCGCCACGGGGCCUACCACGUCUACGUCGACAACUGCGCAGCCAGGUGCCGGAGCACAGGUUACCCAGGCGCCUGUCAUUGCGCUCGCGGCGGGUAUGGUCGCGGCGGCUGCUGCUUUGGUGUAGACGCGUAGACUGGUGAGACUUGGGGAUUGUAUGUGCGCGCAUGUAUAUUCGUGAAAGACAAAAAGUUGUAUAAUAAUCUUAAUAGACAGUUCUUAGACACACCGCGUCGAGCUGUGCAUGGGAUAUGGCAUCAUUUUCAAUGCACCGACAGACCUGCCGACAUGAUGACAAGCACGAGUCCAGCAAGUAAGGAAGCACGCCCCUACGACUGCGCAUCUUUGUCUUGUC